AUGGCUACUCAUCCCUUGACCGCAUUGUCUGGAGACGAGUUCAAGGCGGCAAGAGACAUCGUCGCCAAGCUCUUUGACCAAGACGUUUCGCUCUUCUUCAGAUGUAUCUUCCUUCAAGAGCCAAAAAGAGAGGAACUCGUGCCGUAUCUUCAGGCGGAGCAUGCGGGAAAACUCACAGAUGAGACACCUCGCCCGCCGCGCCGGGCAAAGGUUCAAUACGAUGUAAUCAGAAGCGGUAAGACGCCCGAGUAUACCCAAUCCGUGGUAGACCUCAAGACCGGCCGCGAGCUUGAUAGAACCGUGGCUGCACCGCAUUUCCAGACCAGCUAUACCCCCGAUGAGUUUGCAAUCUUCCAAGACGCCUGCGUGGCAUCUCAAAUGUUCAGAGACGCAAUGUCCGAGUUCUCUCUCCCAGAGAACUUCACCGUCGCAAUCGACCCCUGGCCCUACGGCGGUCCGGACGCCGACGAAGGGGACAUUGCCCGUCUAAUGCAGGGCCUCGUCUUCGCGCGCGACGCCUCCAAGAACAACAUCGACUCGAACCACUACGGCUACCCGAUCCCCAUCAUCCCCGUCAUGGACGUAGCCACCCGCAAGAUCCUCCGCAUCGACCGCCUCGCCACCGGCGGUGCAGGCGACGGCCUCGCUCCGCACCCGCGCGCCGCGGAACCAAAAUCCCUCUUCGCCAGCAACGUCUCCUCCGAGUACGUCCCCGAGCUCCUCGAGGUCCCGCAGCGCGAGGACCUGAAGCCUAUCAACAUCACCCAGCCCGAGGGCGCGUCCUUUGCCAUACAGCCGGAUAACCUCGUCGAGUGGCAAAAGUGGCGGUUCCGCCUCGGCUUCACCCCCCGUGAGGGUGCCGUGCUGCAUGAUCUCUGCUACGAUAACCGCCCUGUGUUGUAUCGUCUAAGCUACAGCGAGCUGACGGUGCCUUACGGCGACCCUCGUCCGCCCUAUCAGCGCAAGCAGGCCUUUGAUCUCGGCGACGGAGGCUUCGGCCGCGUGGCGAAUAACCUCGAGCUCGGCUGCGACUGUCUCGGCGCGAUCCACUACUUUGACGCUCUCAUGGCCGACACGGAGGGGAACCCGACGGUUGCGAAAGCCGUGGUCUGUCUCCACGAGCAGGACAACGGGAUUGGAUGGAAACACACCAACUUCCGCACGAACCGGGCCGUGGUGACGAGGCUGCGGGAGCUCGUUGUGCAAUGCGUCGUCACGCUGGCUAAUUACGAGUACGUGUUUGCGUAUAAGCUCGACACGGCGGGCGGGAUCACGCUUGAGACGCGGGCUACGGGUAUUAUGAGCGUCGUGGCGGUGGACGAGGGGAAAAAGGAGUCUGCGUACGGCGCUGUUGUUGCACCGGGCGUGCUGGCGCAGAAUCAUCAGCAUAUUUUUGCUGUAAGGAUUGAUCCCGCCGUGGACUCGUAUGCUGAAGGGGAUACGUGUGUCGUUGUGGAGGAGAGCGUGCCUAUGCCGCUGAACAAAGAAACGAAUCCGUAUGGGAACUAUUAUGAGAUUCAGAAAAGGAUCAUCGAGAGGGCGAGUUGGCUUGACGCGGAGCCGAAACUCAACAGGGUCAUCAAGUUUGAGAAUCGAACCAAGAAGAAUGCCAUGUCGGGCCGGAACGUCGGGUUCAAGCUCACGCCGUCUGCGUCGCAGUUGUUGCUGGCGGACGAGACGAGCCAGGUGUCGAAGAGGGCCAAGUAUGCGAGGCAUCAUGUCUGGGUUACGGGACAUCGUGAUGACGAGCUGUGGGCGGCUGGGGAGUAUACGAAUCAGAGCCGGGAGGAGGUUGGUGGGGUGUGGGAUAUGGUUCAGCGGGGGGAUUGGUUUGGUGAUGAGCGGGAGGCGAAUGGUGAUGGCGGGAGGGGUGGUGAGGGUAGGAAGAGUAGUCCUGUUGUUUGGAGUGUGUUUGGGUUGACGCAUAAUCCUAGGGUGGAGGAUUGGCCUGUGAUGCCCGUCGAAAUCCAUCACCUCACCAUCCGGCCAGCAGACUUCUUCACCUCGAACCCGGCACUCGAUAUGCCCACCAACAAGAAUAAGACUAGUGUCAUUGUUCCUUGUUGCGAUGGGCAGGAGACGAAUGGGGUGAAUGAGGGAAGCGGAGUGAACGGGGAACAGACGGUGCAAAACGCUGCCCUCACGCAUCUUCAGGGGCCUGGGCCGGAUGUGUCUGCUGAGGAGGCUGGGGCGCACACGGAGGGGAGGGAGUAA